UUAUCGCGUAAUUACCAUCGCCGUUACACUGAUAUUUAUCAUCUUAUCUUCUUGAUCUUCUUAUCAACGCGUACAUGCAAAUCCAAAAACAUUCAAUAUCCAUAAAUUUAUUAACCAUGGCCCCCGGGCCACUCAAUUUGGGGGAUAAUCGCUUUGCCAGUCUCAACGUUAGCCCCAAAGCUAAGAAAAAAGGACCCUUUCAGAAAUUACAAGUUGAUUUCCCAGACCUCCCUGAAACGCAGUGCAAAAAUCCGAGACAUUUAAUGGUCUCAUCAAAAAACUCUCCGAAAACCAUAUCCGACUAUAACUGCUUUGCCGUCUAUAGAGCCCUUAAGUAUAUCAGCAAAGACAUCACAUCCAUCUCUUAUCUUCGCGAUGGUAACCUUUUCUUGCUGGUUAACUCCAGGGAAGUAAGUGACAAAUUUAUCAAAGUGACCUCUUUGCCUGGCUUAUGCGAUAUCGAGUGCAAGCUCCACAACACUCUUAACUUUGUCAAACGCACAAUUUACGCUCCCUGUCUUAUUACCAUUCCAGAAAACGAAAUUGUUGAGGAACUAAAAUCUCAAAAUGUACACAGCGUAUUUAAAUUCACCAAAAUGAUCGACGGCACCCACAAACCUUUUGGAAAAAUUCUCGUAACGUUUGACCGUUUCACUCUUCCCAGUAAACUAACGGUUUCCUGGCACACAGUUAAGGUGUCAGAAUAUAUACCCAACCCGAUGAGAUGUAAGUCUUGUCAAUUAUUGGGCCACACAUCAAAGCACUGCAAGAACCCAUCCGCCUGUGUAUCAUGCAAUCUCGCUCCCAACCGUCCCGUGCCAUGCACUCGCAUUUUCUGUGCAAACUGCACCGGCGAACACCCAGCCUCCUCACCCGAAUGCCCACAAUAUCAAACACAAAAACAACUGCUUUACAUCAAAACAAGCAAAAAAUGCAGUUUCCAUGAAGCUCGCACUAUACUAAAACAACAACAAAACACAACAAAUAACCCCACGCUUACCUACUCACAAACCAAAACACAGCAUCCGUUAUGCUUGUCAAAAAAUCCCGAUACCCAGACACGAUUACAUUACGAUUACUCUCACCAACGUAUACCACUUCUCGGACGAACUCUUUGA